AUGAAGAACAAGAACGUCAGCCAAUACUGGGAAGGAUCGAGCAGUGGGACAGCCCCCGGUCUGCCGCAAGACAUGCAGCAGGAUCCGGUUCGCGCGUUGCAGUACCCAAAUCGCGUCUCGCACCCGCCAGCUACAUCGCAAGCAACGAUGAACCAGCAGCUUCAGGCGCUGUCUCUCGCGCCUUCGUCUUCAUCACCGCGACCCCAGGCGCUAGCCCCGAUCGUCUCGUCGUGGUACUCCCACCCUCCACCAGCGCCCGCGCCCGCGCCGGCACCAGCGCCACCCACCUUCUCCUUCUCGCUGCCAAUUCGCGGCAGAGAUCCCGAGGCAUCUGUCAGAGGAUGCCCAAGAAAUGUUGCGGAGGAUGAGUCGCUGGCAUGGAUAGGCAUGGAGAUGGAGAGAGAACAAGGACGAAGUGAGGUCGAGAAGUGGAGAAGAUCGUGA